GAUAAUUCUGGAGAUCUUCCACUAUCAUAUCGUCUUGAUAACAGCACUGAGUUUGGACUCUUCAAACAAUACAAAUGGUUGAUGCCCAUUUCAUAACUUCAUUUGUAAUCUUAUCAGAGACCGGAAAACAUGAGCCAAGUAUGGUGUUUUAAUACACAGGUGCAUCAAAGUAGAGCAUUAAGAAUACAGGCCUUGAUGCGCCCAGGCCGACUUGAUCGUAUUAUAUAUGUGCCAUUACCAGAUACAGCAACACGUAGAGAGGUGUUCAACAUUCACCUGCGUGCCAUGCCCAUCAAUGAAGAUGUUUCUGUAGAAGACCUUGUGAUGCAAACAGGGAAAUACUCCGGAGCAGAGGUUGCAGCUGUCUGUAGAGAAGCAGCCCUACUUGCUCUACAAGAAGACAUUCAAGCUCGGACAGUAACAAAGAAACAUUUUGUGGAUGCAUUGGCAAUUGUGCCACCAAGGACCCCAGAUAAUUUACUCCAGUUAUAUGCAGACUUUCAGCAUCGUAGUGGACUUCACAGUGUUUAAGCAGAUUCACAUGAAGAAGAAAAUACACAGCAGGAAAAGGGGGUGUUUCUUUUCAUAAACUGUGUUUAACAGAAUGUUUCUGACUGGAGUGGGGAAAUUGAGAAUUUGGUGCAUUUGCAGGGUAUAAUAUCAUGAUAUACACACUCAGUAUUGUACUCCUGAAGUCUUGUUCAUUAGGCUGAUAUGUUUAAUAUAAAUUCUUAUUUCUGGGAGAACUGUAACAGAAGUAUAUCUGUUCUCAGGGACAAGGAUUAAUGUAGGCAAUAGCCAGUGUCUGUUACAAGCAGAUAUGGUUUGCUGUGUUUGUUUUACAUGUAUGUAAAGUAAAAGGAAAUGGAUUUGUAGCAGUGCUAUGUCUAGCUUCCCCUCCCCCACAUUUAUUUCCAUGAGUUUGAGUAUUUAAUGAACCUAGGGCUAAAAUAUAAUGUUUCAUCUGGUAUUCCAUAACAAAUUCUGGUAUUAUACCUCAGGUUAAAGUAACUUGUUCAUACAUUGUUAAAUAUUUGAAUUAUUUCUUUUAAAAUCAGCAACAAAAACACAUACCUUCAGCAAAAUAUAAGAGAUCUAAGAAGGGCUGCUUUUAAUGGUGGUUAUCAACCUGCUUGCUUUGUCUGUACCACAGUUUCUGAAGGUGAGGCCAGCCUUCCUGGUGAGGCUCAUGCCUCUUUCAGGUAGAGACAAAACAUGCCUGAAAUGCUUGUACUCAAGACUGUAACUGUUUGGCAUUGUAGUUAUGUGAUGUCAAGCUAAAUGCAAGGUAAUACUCAAUAAAUGUAUGUGUAUUGCAAGUCAGUAUUGAAAAAGUACUGAACCAAAGCAAAUGUAUGUUCAGAACAAAUGCACGUGUUUCAGUUGACAGCGGUCAUAUGCAUUUUUUUCUGUAUGGGGAGGCCAAAACACCCUUUUUUAUACCUAGAGGAGGUUCAAGGACUUCUCUGUAGUUUAAUAACUCACUAUGAUAGUCUAAGACUUGUUCAUUAAAAUCUGCAUCAUUGUUAAGCCGGAUACAGUAGUAGUUAUUUUGGAACUAAGGUUGCAUACUAGUUUCCUUGUGUAUUUUUAAGUGAAAUGGUUCCAUGUCUGAAACAAUGCAAUUAUACUUAGCGCUGUACAAAGUCAGUAAGACAACUGUAUUUUUGUAACAGGAAAUAAACUUGAAUAAUUUCCUUAUCCAAAAAAGUCA